CAGCUAGAUUCUGUGAACCUGGAGAAAAUUUAUCGUGAAGUGCAGAUAAUGAAAAUGCUGGACCACCCACACAUUAUCAAGCUUUAUCAGAUUACCUUGCCAACCACGGCCGUCUGAGCGAGUCGGAGGCCAGGCGCAAAUUCUGGCAGAUCCUUUCCGCAGUUGAAUACUGUCACAGUCGGAAGAUUGUGCAUCGUGACCUCAAAGCAGAAAACCUCCUGCUGGAUAACAACAUGAAUAUUAAAAUAGCAGAUUUUGGGUUUGGAAACUUCUACAAAAGCGGGGAGCCUUUGACAACCUGGUGCGGAAGCCCCCCUUAUGCAGCUCCGGAGGUCUUUGAAGGCCAGCAGUAUGAGGGCCCGCAGCUGGAUAUUUGGAGCAUGGGUGUAGUUCUUUAUGUCUUAGUUUGUGGAGCACUGCCUUUUGACGGACCCACCCUCCCCAUCCUGAGGCAGCGGGUUCUGGAAGGAAGAUUCCGGAUCCCUUAUUUCAUGUCAGAAGAGUGCGAGCACCUUAUCCGGAGGAUGCUGGUCCUGGACCCGUCAAAGAGGCUCACCAUUGCUCAGAUUAAAGAACACAAAUGGAUGCAAGUGGAGGUGCCAGUCCAGAGGCCCAUCCUCUAUCCCCAGGGACAGGAGAACGAGCCUUCCCUUGGAGAGUUCAACGAGCAAGUUCUGCGGCUGAUGCACAGCUUGGGAAUCGACCAGCAAAAAACCAUCGAGUCCCUGCAGAACAAGAGCUACAACCAUUUCGCGGCCAUCUACUACUUGCUGGUGGAGCGGCUCAAGUCCCAUCGCAGCAGCUUCCCUGUGGAGCAACGGCUAGAUUCCCGCCAGCGACGGCCGAGCACCAUUGCCGAACAGACCGUCGCCAAGGCCCAGGCUGUGGUGGCUCCUGUCAACCUGCGUCCCCAAAACGUCAGGCUCCUGCAGUCUCCUGGCCUGCCACAGACUCCCGCAGCCGAAACCUUCUCCUUUCCUCCUCCUGCCUGCCAGGCAGAAUCGGCUUUCAUGGAGGAAGAGAGGAUCGACACCCCAAAGGUGAACGGCUGCCUCUUGGAUCCAGUGCCCCCGAUGAUGGGGAGGAAGGGGUGCCAGUCCCUGCCGAGCAGCAUGAUGGAGACGUCCAUCGACGAAGGGAUAGAGACGGAGGGCGAGUCUGAAGAGGAUCCCGCGCAAGCCUUCGCCGCCCUCCAGGCCACUCGGUGCGGGAAGAGGCGCCACACGCUGGCCGAGGUCACCAACCAGCUGAUGGUCAUGCCAGGCACAGGGAAGGCCUUCCCCAUGGAUGAAAACCAAUCCUUGAGCAGUGUUGACUCUGAAUACGAUAUGGGAUCCACCCAGAGGGAUCUGAACUUCCUGGAAGAGACCCCGUCCUUGAAGGAAAUGGUCCUUACCAAUCAGCCAGCUCCUAGAAUAAACCCUCCCUACAUUGGUCUGAGGCCUACGAACCCUGCCAUGCAGGCUUUGACGUCCCAUAAGCGAGAGGCCCACAACCGGUCGCCGGUCAGCUUCCGAGAGGGGCGCAGGGCAUCGGAUACAUCGCUGACACAAGGAAUCGUAGCGUUUAGGCAGCACCUUCAGAACCUGGCCCGAACCAAAGGAAUCCUGGAGCUGAACAAAGUCCAGCUGCUGUACGAACAGAUGACGUCGGAGGAGGAACCUGCCCUGGGGUCGGCUUCCCCACAUUUGCAAGACCUUGGAAGUGGUCCCCACCAGGAGGAAGCACCCUCGCAGCCGGACGCGACUUCCGCUUUUCCGAAUGGCCUGCACCCCCAGUUGCUCUCCAGGCGACAGAGCUUAGAAACACAGUAUUUGCAGCACAGGCUCCAGAAGCCGAGCCUGCUUUCCAAAGCCCAGAAUGCCUGCCAGGUGUUCUGCAAGGAGUUGCCCCGGAGCCUCGAACAGCAGCUGCAGGAGCACAGGCUGCACCAGAAGCGGCUCUUCCUCCAGAAGCAGUCCCAGCUGCAGGCUUACUUCAACCAGAUGCAGAUCGCAGAAAGCACCUACCCCAGGCCGAGCCAGAUGCCUCUCCCCUGCCACGAGGACCAGCCCCCGCCCCCGUUUGGCCUGGUGCAGCCCCUGAGCCCGGUCAUGGAGCCGUCGGCCGAACACAUGCAAUACGACCCUUUCCUCGGCCAGUACCAGAAGCUGCCGCUGGAGCCGGCCCCCUCGCCUGCCAUCCACAGCGCUUCUCGGUUGGCCUCUCCCCUCCCGAUGCAGCCGCCACCGCCGCCACCGUAUCCCUACCACCCCUGUGAAUUGCCAGCGGGCGCCUCGACGGAGCGCGACUACGCCCACCCACACCCGUACGCCCUCGACCCUGCCCAGCAGAGCGGCAGUGUAGCCAUGAGCGAGGACUGCCGGAGUUCAGAAUCGCCGGGAUCCCCGUCCAACUACGAGGCGCUGGGCCUGGCGGAGCUGCCGGGGCUGUUUGACUGCGAAAUGAUGGAGGCCGUCGACCCUCAGCACGGAGGCUACGUCUUGGUGAACUAGCGGGGCCGGGGAGCGUCCCUCUGGGGGAAGCGACAGGCAGACCACGUGGCGUGGAUUUCCACUUUUGUUUUCUCCCUAAAACGUAUGGCUUUAGUUCCCAACUCUUGACCUGAAUGGAUGAACCCUCUUGAAUAGGUACUAGCCGGGAAUGACGUGAGUCUCGCUCUGCAAGCAAGCAAGCUUGGCCGCAGGAGCUGGGGAGAGGGGGUGCGGCACUUUCAGCGCAAGGAGGAACUUGCAGUCCUGCCACUUCGAAGGGAAAGACGCAGCAAAUGCCCUGGCAGGAAGAGGCGGGAAGAGGCUCAGCCUUCCAGGAUCACUGGUAUUCCGUUAACCGCGUGGCCCCUCUCACAGGAGGCCAGGCAGAGUGGGAAGAGAGGAGUGGGAAGGACGCAAACCUUACUUCUUGGCAAUAAAAGCAAUACCUUUUUCCCUUGGAACUCAGCAAAGACGGGGGUGGGGGUUGACGUGGCCGCUCCGCCUCGGAGCUGUGGGCAGAUGACUCGGCAGCAGCCGAUCCUCAGAGGACACACACACGCCGCCUCCUGAUGUCUUUGUUCCCUUCUCUGGCCUGGAGGCUCUUUCCAGGGAAUCCCAGUUUUUUUCCCCCUCUCUUGAGUCCCUGGAUUGUGGGUGCAAAGGACUGUCCCUCUGUGUUUGGGGGAGGGGGCAGGGGGAGCGACGGCUCCCCUCCAAGCUUUCCUUGGCAUGAUGUGUUUUGCGGGUUCCUUUGAAGAUCUGCAAGCAGUGGAGAAGGGGAAGGGAAGGGAAGGGGGGGAGAGGCUGCGAGGAAAAAGAAGUUGAUCACUGGAGAAGUUCUUAUAAGCUGCCCGCCCUUGCUUUUCUAUUUUAAAACAGGCAACCGUACUUGGACUUGACAGUGUGCGUUGCUGGUGGUUUCUUAGGCUUUGUGUAUUUGGACAAUUAUUUAGGGAUGUAGCAUUUUAAGGACAAUACAGAAUAAGCUUAUCGGAACACCCAUGUGAAGUGAUAGUGCCGUGCCUUUUUCGGGUUCUUUUUGGAAACUCUCUUCCUUUGCGUUACCUCCCCCCGACCCACCUCCACCUCCAAAGUAGAAAACGCCCUGUUCAUGUCCAGCGCUGACACCAAAGUCUCUUCAGAGCCCAAGUUCCACCGUGUGGAGCGCAAGCGUCACAUUUUUCCUCGAGCGUUUCUGACCUGUUCACCCGAUGAUCAAUCUCUGAAAUGUUAAGAAGUAUGACAGCAAUAUUCAGGAUCAAUGACUGUUGAUUUGUGAACCACUUCAACAACCGUCUGCUCUCUACCGAACCGUUGGCCUCGGCUUUUGUGGGGGCGACGGGCCAGCUGCGAACCCGUAGGAAGAAGACAGAGGGUCCCUGAGAAAUGUCACGGGCGAAGGUUUCUUUCCCCGCCGUCCGCCCCCCCCCCCCGGCUGCGACCGUGUCAAUCAAGCAAAAGCGCUUGAGGAUCCAGCCCCCUUAGGGGCAGAUGAAGAUUUAAGCACAACACUGAUUUUCUCAAGCACAAAGAACAAUUUCCUCACAGCGUUGACUGUCCGGAUCCAUGGCAAGCCGAAGCCGCCUUGUCCCGAAGGCCUCCAGCCUUAGUCCUGGCUGGGCUGUACCGCUUCACACGGCAGCUGUCACACCCAGCGCUGGCCUGCCCGGUUGCUGGUUCGCAGCUGCUACCUUGCUAAAAGCAGUCCAGUAGUUAAAAGAGGGCAUGCAGUGCCGCCAAGGCGACAUCCCUCCACACACAUAGAAGACACACAUCCUCACUGGGGCCCUGCUGAAGUAGGACCGGUUUCUCCAAUUCUGCACCAAAAAAGCCCCCCCCCCGUCUGCACCAGAGGACUCCCUGGUCAGUUCUCUUGUUUGACACCUAGCACACCUGCAGUUUGAAAUGGCACGGCCCAGAGGCAGGUUCCCUACCUGGCUGAGGACGGGGCCUCUCUUGAGGGGGGAGGCUUUAUCCAUGCACGGUCAUACACAGACCCUUUCCUCACCCCCACCCCAGUCCCAUUUUGGCCGUUGCGCAGGGCAUUCCCAUGGGGCGACACUCAAGGCAGAGUCUGGCCUCGUGGCGUUCUGCCUUGCAGGCGAUCCUUGCAGCCCCGCUUGCUCGAAAGGAGGUCCUCCAGAUGUGCCAGCCAUGGCUUUUUGGGGGGGGAUUCUGGGUGUUCUAUGCCAGCACCGCUGGAAAUGCCCCUGGGAUGCGAAGGGUCCUUUGGCCUCCAGAUGGCCUUUGCCAGGCAAGCCAGUUCAGAGUCACACCCAGAUGUCUCCUUGUAAACCUUGGCCAGCAGCAGCAGCAGCCUUUGGCCCGUAUUCAGUCCACCGUGGCUUUCUACUGAAGGCAUCACAGCACAUGGGCUAAUGGUAGCCCAAACCUUUUUUGGGGGGGCUGAGGAUCCCUUCUAGGCCUCGCGUUGCCCACCGACACGCUUAGGGAGACCCUCAAGCCAUUUCCUGUCGUUUCCGAUCCAGGGAGAGAGAGGUUCAAACUCCCGCUGUCCACCUGCGGGUCCUCCUUGGCUCAACGCAGGCGACUCUCGGUGCGAGGUUAGAGAUACUGACCUGCUUGAAUCAGGGAUUCUUGCCAAGGACAGACGAGUCGGCCGCUGAAAGGUUACUCCUUGGGGACUCCCCCAGCUAAAUGGGCCCUCCUGGCAGGGAGAUUCUGAGCGCUGUCGCCCACUUCUCUGACACUCAGGGCGACCAACUCCUGCCUUGGAGUGGCUGAGACCUCCCUGGCACACCACGGCUGCCUACGGCUGCCCCGAUGCUACCCCGGAGGAGCACCACAGGCAGCUCAGCCGAAGGAGUAACAAUGACGGACCCACAUUUACGACACAGGAGGAAACAUCAUUUUUGCGGCUUUGUGCCUCAGCUCGGUGGGCGCAGAAGCGCUGAAUGUAAACCGAGAGCCGAUGUCUCCCCCGCCCGCCCCCUUCUGCUUUGACAGCCUGUGUCCCCGAGCAUUCGGGGACUGUCCCCCUCCUGAUCGGGGAAGUCCUUCCUUCCUAAGCCACAUCCGCCUGGCCCUCCAGCACCGCCCCCCCCCUCCGUAUUACCGCUCCGUCAAGAUAGCCGCUUCUGUCAAGUCUCCUGUGUCUGGUGUUAGAGGAUGUGUGUGUAGACUACUGUAUAUCCACAACUAGCUUUAUUAGUUCUGACACAGGUUCCUUGGAAGAGACUUUGGUGAGAUGAACAUGUACAUGGGGGUCAAAACGACAUUUUUUCCUAUGGAGACAAGUGCAAUAUAUGUGUGUGUGUGGUACGUUCUUUAAUGUAUUUUUUUUUUUUAAAAAGAGAGAGUUCAGAGGGUUUUAGUCUUCACUUAGGAAGAACUGCACUAGCUGUGUGGGCACCGGUCCGCGUGUGUCUCUCUGUAGUCUUUACCUGCAGUUGGUAUGCUGGACUCUGUAAAAGCAAUGACAGUGUAUUAAGGCGAAAUAAAGAACGUGGGCCUUCUGUUUUUUAAA